AUGAAUGUUGAAGAGCCCGCUCCGGUUCUCCAGCCUCAGCCCAGUGCAUCGCGCCGCGAAUCCCGAGAAGACUGUUUUUCUGAAGAUCUCGAGGGUGAGGAUCGGACCUCACUCGUUGACGGCGUUGCCUAUCUGUCUUUAUGCGCAUCUGGAACCACAGAUACAACCUCAGAACCUUACUAUGUUGGCUCUAGUUCCGGUGCCACCAUUGCUCGCAUCAUCCAGUCCUCCAUCUUCCGAAGUUCUGGCAAGAGAGCAGUUACUCAACCCGUGUCUCAAACAUGCCAGGCUACGGGAACUUCGAGACCACCUGCCCCUCCUGAAUCUACUCAUUCCGAAGAGACCGGCGCCGACUUUCCGGAUCGACAGCAGGCGCGUAUGUUGUUUGAUGUCUUCUUCGAACGCAUACAUACGCGCUGGCCGUUGCUAGAUCGCGUGGUUUAUACAAGACUUUUCGAAAAGCAAUUUGUUCGAGGCGCCCUGACUAUCAUUGAACGCAGCAUGUUCCAUUUAAUAUAUGCCAUAACUGCUCGCUUCCUGUCUCUAACGCGAAAGCCUUGUGGUAUAGAUUCAGAGCAUCAUCUUGUUGCAGCUACCGAGCCUAUGGACUAUAUUUUAGACCAGCACAACCUUGCGACGGUACAAUUCCUUAUCUUGCUCGGAGUACACGGCCAGAGGUCACCUUAUGGUGCAGGCGCCUGGUCUCAGAUCCGAUUCGCAACAUCCGUGUGCAUCGAGAUGGGCUUGCACAGGAAGAAGACGGUGAUGGACUCCCCUGCGCACGCAAGAGAUGCAGAAAUUCGGCGGCGUAAUUUCUGGGCGUGUUACUGCCUUGAUAGGGUGACUAGUAUUGUGCUUGGCAGGGCUUUUGCUAUCGCUGAUCGAGACAUUAACGUCGAGCUUCCUAGUACCAGUCCUGAGUUCUAUACUUUGACACAUUCAGAAGUUCCAGACUCGGAUAAAGCCCAGUGGUCAAAUAUCGAGCCUUUCAUACACAUCAUCAAACUUGAUCAGAUCCAGUCACGCAUUCAUAAAGCAGUAUUUCGCGUUGAUAGAGAUGUCUUCAAUGGGACACCGGAACAGCGGGCUAAACUUGACCGAAAGAUGGCUGCCAUUCGGAGCGAUCUGGACGAAUGGCUGCGAACCUAUCCGCAGACACCGAAGAAGGAAAACAAGAUCACUUGGAUGUACGAUCCGGAAAGCGCAUAUCUUGACGCACGAGACUUUUAUGGUGUUCAGUACCACAAAGCAAUGCUGUUCCUUUUCACCGUCUUUCUUCCUACACUCGACACAUCAGACAUGCGCUUCAUCACAUGUGCGCGCUCAGCGGCUUGUGUUUGUAACGCAUACAAGCGAUUGAGUCAGAACCGAACACUGACCUACACUAUGAUCUCUCUCCAUUCGUGCUUCGUAGCUGGUUUGACACUGGUGUACUGCAUUUGGCGGGAUCGAUCUCUCUUUUCCUACGAUGUUCUAGAGGCAACACGGGCCUGCUCACAGAUCUUGACCAUCUUCGGCGAGAAAUGGCCCGGCGCCGUCAAAUAUCGCGACAUCUUCGAUGCAUUAUCCGGCAGCUUGUUCAAGACGAUUGUCAACUCGACGCCUACCACGACGAUGCACGGUAACGGUUCGAGACCGCUGCAGCUUGAUAUGGAUGCAGAGCCUGGUAUAACGCCGCGGAGUCGACGAGAGAGUCGCGAACAAGCGUCACACCUUCCAACGUAUAGCAACAAACCUACCAUGUCGCACAUGGUCACGGACGCUGUGAAAGAGGCUUUUAUGGAGGUUGAUGAAGAGGCACCCGGCGGAUGGCAAGGGUGGCGUAUGUUCAACGAGAUGGUAAGCGAUGAUACGACCUCUGCAGCAAGUGCAGCAAUGCGAUUCGAUGGUGUGAGUCAAAAUCAGACUGAGAUGAGCUGGGAUGCUUACGAUGGUUCCGGAUUUUAUGGCGUGGAUCCAAUCCAAGACGCAGCAAUGCAGAUGGACACCCGCGGUAUGGUGGAUGGUAGUCAAUGGAACUUCGGAGAGUAUAGAUAG